AUGGAGGGACAUCAGUCACCCCCGGCCUGCCCUGGGACGGCUGCGAGCGGCACUUAUUUGGACUUGUGUGAACCGCGGGCCAGACUCCACCCCCCAGACCCCCCUCAGAGGCCCCAGACCCCCUCUCCAGUCGGGACGGUCCGGCUGUAUUUAAGGACCCCCGCUGCAGCUCAAACAUCGUCCCAGCGGAAACAGCAGAACCUCCACGUUACAACUUGCCUCCAGCCUGACGCAGAGAUGUGUGACGACGAUGAAACCACCGCGCUCGUGUGCGACAACGGCUCAGGCCUGGUCAAGGCAGGCUUCGCUGGGGAUGAUGCUCCUCGUGCAGUCUUCCCCUCCAUCGUGGGGCGCCCUCGUCACCAGGGGGUGAUGGUGGGUAUGGGUCAGAAGGACUCCUAUGUAGGAGACGAAGCCCAGAGCAAAAGGGGUAUCCUGACCCUCAAAUACCCCAUCGAGCACGGCAUUAUCACCAACUGGGACGACAUGGAGAAGAUCUGGCACCACACCUUCUACAACGAGCUGCGAGUGGCCCCUGAGGAGCACCCCACCCUACUCACAGAGGCCCCUCUGAACCCUAAGGCCAACAGGGAGAAGAUGACCCAGAUCAUGUUUGAGACCUUCAACGUCCCGGCCAUGUAUGUGGCCAUCCAGGCCGUGCUGUCGCUCUACGCCUCCGGCCGUACCACCGGUAUCGUGCUGGACUCUGGAGACGGUGUGACCCACAACGUGCCAAUCUAUGAGGGCUACGCUCUGCCGCACGCCAUCAUGCGUCUGGACCUGGCGGGUCGUGACCUCACAGAUUACCUGAUGAAGAUCCUGACUGAGCGCGGCUACUCCUUCGUCACCACCGCGGAGCGGGAGAUUGUGCGUGACAUCAAGGAGAAGCUGUGCUACGUGGCUCUGGACUUUGAGAACGAGAUGGCCACUGCCGCCUCGUCCUCGUCCUUGGAGAAGAGCUACGAGCUGCCGGACGGUCAGGUCAUCACCAUUGGCAACGAGAGGUUCCGUUGCCCUGAGACCCUCUUCCAGCCCUCCUUUAUUGGGAUGGAGUCGGCUGGGAUCCAUGAGACGGCCUACAACAGCAUCAUGAAGUGUGACAUCGACAUUCGUAAGGACCUGUACGCCAACAACGUCCUGUCCGGCGGCACCACCAUGUACCCGGGUAUCGCUGACCGCAUGCAGAAGGAGAUCACCGCUCUGGCUCCCUCCACCAUGAAGAUCAAGAUCAUCGCUCCCCCUGAGAGGAAAUACUCGGUAUGGAUCGGCGGCUCCAUCUUGGCCUCCCUUUCGACCUUCCAGCAGAUGUGGAUCAGUAAACAGGAGUACGACGAGGCGGGCCCCUCAAUUGUCCACAGAAAGUGCUUCUAA